GUGUACGUGUUCCAGAUGUAAAAAUGAUGGACGUCGAGCAGGGUACCAACACUUUUCUCAUCAGACCGAGUUAUGAACACAGGUUCAGGGUACCAGUGGUGAAGGAGUGUAUUAAAGAGAUCCUCAAAGAGCAAUUAUCAGGAGCCAAGUAUGAUCCCGAGGAAACUCCGUCACUCACACGAACACUCGCUGAAGCCAUUAAAAACCGUGUUAAAGGCCUGGAUUUGGAGAGAUACAAAUUGGUGGUGCAGGUGUUGAUUGCAGAACAGAGGGGACAGGGAGUGAAGAUGAUGUCUCGCUGUUUCUGGGAUUCAGACACUGACCGCUGUGCUAAAGAAGUUUACAUUAAUGUAAGAUACACAUACAACACCUUGUUGUGUUUUAUUCCUCACAUAUUUAACUGUGUGUGUGUGUGUGUGUGUGUGUGUUUAACAGGACAGUAUAGUGUGUGUGGCUGCUGUAUUUGGAGUUUAUAAUUAUUGACACAGGAACAGAAAAUCUGACCUAAACACACGCUCACCUUGAUGGACUCCUACACCGUCGACAUGUACAGUUAUGCCACAAUGGCUGAGGACUACAAUCACCAUGAUAACUGUAGGACUGCUGUUGUCAUGAACAGUUUUGCACUCGUCUCCAUCAAUGAACAGUUGAUAACUUCAACAAAAUAGACUUCAUGCAAAAACUAUACUGAAUGUCCUGGUUACACAGUUGUACUUUGUAAGUCUAUGGGACACAGUUAUAGAAGCAAGUUAUUGAUAAUCACACUAUUUGUUAUCACCCAGAUGAGGAUGGGUUCUUUUUUGAGUCUGGGUCCUCUCAAUGUUCUUCCUCAUAUUGUUUGAGGGAGUUUUUCCUUGCUACCGUCGCCACAGGCUUGCUCAUCAGGGAUAGAUACAUUUGUUAGGGAUAAAAUUAGUUCAUAUGCUUAAAGCCUUUAUUUUAAAGCUGCUUUGCGAUAAUGACUUGUUAAAAAGCGCUGUACAUAUAAACUUGACACCACUUUUCUCUCACACUUUUAUUUAUAAACUGUUUCUAUCUUUUUGUGGAAUAAAUAAAUAAACAUCAUUAGCAUUUAUUAUUUAUUUCCUUUCAUCUUUUAAUUAAUAAUUGGGUCAUUCCAUGCCAAAUCAACAAAUAUCUGACAAAUUUAUGCUCGACCAUCUCAGAUUUCAAUGAAAUUUGGAGGGCUCGGAGAUACUAUUAAAAGAAGUUAAUCCCCAAAAUUUGAGCUUCCUAUCUCCAACGGUUUCAGAGAUACAGGCAUUUGAAUUUUUUUAU